AUGAAUCCAUUAGCUACUUUGAAAUUUGUCAAUAUUGAAAAUAGUGAUUUAUUACAUCAUUUUCCUAUUGAUCCAAAUGCUGAUAUCAUUUUAGUUUUGAAUGGCAAAGAAACAUUUUAGUUGUAGAUCAAUUUACUCAAAAAGAAAAGUUAAUAUUUUGAAACAUAAUUACUUAAUAGUGACUCUAAAUUUAAAGUCAUUCCUGGAAAACAUGAUACAAUAGUUUUUUAAAAAAUACUCAACUGUUUUUAUGGUUAUCAAUAUCACAUCUAUAAAGAUGAAGAAUUUUACUCUGCUUAUAAAAUUUCACACUUUCUAUAAAUUAAUAAUUUUAUUGCCACUCUAUAGGAUUCAUUAUAUGAAAAUUUCUAAAGAAUAGAUAUCCAUAUUGUAUUAACACUAGCUGAAUUAUAUGAAAUUGAAUCAUUAAGAGAAAAAUAUAUUGAUUUUUUAGAUGAGAAUCCACAAUUAUGGAAAAUUAUCUUGCCUGUUCAAAAAUUAGAGUUUUAUAGAUAGAACUACUUUUCUAUUUGUGGUACUAAAUAAAAUGAUGAUAUUCCUAUAAAUGUGUUACAUUUAAAAGAAGAUAUUUUAAUUAAACUUCUAACAUUUCACAAUGAAUAAAAGAAUAAGAAAUCCUUCCCUGAAAAGUUCUUAACUCCAGAUGAUAUCUUGAAAAUUAUACAGUAUUAUGUAAAUAUUAGAUUUCAAACUUAAGAAGAAAGAUAAGAAAAUACUAUUAAAAUUGUGAACUCUAUUUACAGGGUUGAAGACAUCUAUUCUGACAAUGAUGCUAGAAGAUUACAAACCUUCAUGGCCAAAUCUUUUUCAAAUAGUGUUAAUUCAUGUAAAAUUUUUAUCAUCUCUAAGCUUCUUGUUCAGAUAGGUCAUCAAAGCUUAUUAUAGAAUAACAAAGAGAUAUUGAAGAACUCAAACUGAAAUUAUAAGUACUAAUUCUCUAUUCUAUCCUUUAAGUUUACUAUCAAAGAGAAUCAUGAAUUAUUAUAAAAAUCUAAAAUGCUUGAAGAAAGUAUUGAAAACCUGCACCAAUAUAUUUAAAAUCAAAAGAAAACAGUUAACAAUAGUAGUUGCGAUUUAAAUAAUUCUAAAUCUUAGGAUAUUGAAUCCUCCUAAUUUAUAUAUUAAUAAGUUGCUGAAUCAAUUCCAUUAGAUAGUUCUUCAAGUGAAUAAAGUGAUAAUUCAUUUUUUAAAAGUCAAUUACAUUUUAACAGCACACCUCAAACUGUAUUCACUUUGUCAGAACUUUCUUAUCUUGGAGAAAUCUUAAAUGCCAAAAUUUAUUAAUAGAUCAAAUUUAAAUUACUAUAUAGAGGGUAUAUCUUCAUUUUGUGAUUAGAACUGAGAAUAAUUUUUAUCUAGUUUCUGAAGAAUAAUUAGCAUCAAUUAAAAAAGCCACAUCUAUUUUAAUUCUUAUCAGAUCAGUAGAUAAUGAUUCGGUUUUUGGAAUAUUUAGUUAAAAUAAUAGAAUAUAAAUUAUUAAUUUUUAGAGUAAAAAAAGGGUAGAUUAUAAAAAAGAAUUAAAAUUAGCAAUUAAUUCAAACUAUUUAUUAAAGUUAGGUAACGAUAUUGAGAUAUUUGUUGAUUGUUGUAAUAAAAAAAACAAUAUAUGCAAUAACAUUAACGGAAUAGGAUGUUUAGCAGGUAAAAAUGAAUUUCAAGUAGAUGAGCUUGAAAUUUAUGAGUGUUCUAUCCAUAAUGAAAUUGUGUGA